CUCCUCACACACACACACACACACACACACACACACACACACUCACACUCACACCCACUCCCUCCUGCAGCCCCACUGCCCCCGCCAUGGCCACGUCCACCCUGUCCGUCUGCUCCAGCGACCUGAGCUAUGACAGCCGCGUCUGCCUGCCCGGAUCCUCGGACUCCUGCCCCGACUACUCCUGGCAGGUGGACGACUGCCCAGAGAGCUGCUGCGAGCCCCCGUGCUGCGCCCCGGCCCCCUGCCUGACACUCCUGUGCAGCCCCUGCCAGUCGGCCCUCACCGGCUCCUGCUGCCGGCUGGCCUGUGGCCCCUCCUCCCCCUGCCAGGGACACUGCUGCACCCCUGUGUGCUGCAAGUCUGUCUGCUGCACCCCUGUGUGCUGUAAACCCGUCUGCUGCACCCCUGUGUGCUGCAAGCCCGUCUGCUGCACCCCUGUGUGCUGCAAGCCUGUCUGCUGCACCCCUGUGUGCUGUGAGGACUCCCCCUGCACAACCUCUUCAUGCUGCCAGCCGUCCUGCUGCACCUCCUCCCCCUGUCAGGAAGACUGCUGCACCCCUGUGUGCUGUAAGCCCGUCUGCUGCACCCCUGUGUGCUGUGAGGACUCCUCCUGCACAACCUCUUCAUGCUGCCGGCCCAGCCCCUGCUGCAGACCCUCCUCCUGCGUGUCCCUGCUCUGCCACCCCGUGUGCAGGCCCGCCUGCUGCACCCCUGUGUGCUGUAAGCCCGUCUGCUGCACCCCUGUCUGCUGCAAGCCCGUCUGCUGCACCCCUGUGUGCUGUGAGGACUCCCCCUGCACAACCUCUUCAUGCUGCCAGCCGUCCUGUGGCCCCUCCUCCCCCUGCCAGGGAGACUGCUGUACCCCUGCGUGCUGCAAGCCCUGCUGCACCCCUGUCUGCUGCGAGGACUCCCCGUGCUCAGCCCCCUCCUGCUGCCAGCCCAGCCCCUGCUGCAGACCCUCCUCCUGCGUGUCCCUGCUCUGCUGCCCCGCGUGCCCCCGCCCCGCCUGCUGUGCCCCUGCCUCCUCCUGCUGCCGCCCGGCCUCCUGCGUGUCCCUGCUCUGCCGCCCCGCGUGCCCCCGCCCUGCCUGCUGCGGCCCUGUCUCGGGCCAGCCCUGCUGCUGACCGGCUCCAGCUUCUGCCUCUAGAGCUGCUAUCUUUGCUCCAGAGCACAGGCGUCCUCUCUCAGGAGCCCCGGAACCCCUCUGGGGGCGCCAGGAUGCCCCUGCCCCUCGGUGGACGCACAGCUGCUGCCUCCCGGGGAUCUGGACGUGCCCGGCUUCCCUUUCUGCAAAGACAGGUCCCUCAACGGGGUGGGGGGUGGGGGGGCUGCUGCACCCUGGAGCCCUCCCCUGCAGGGCUGGUUGCUCUCAUUCCGGGUGACAAAGGCCACUGCUAUCAUCAAUAAAAUGUCUGGAUCAUGAAACAGA